AUGUUCUCGUUUUUCACGGGCUCGUCCAAACAACAACAACAACCGACCAAUUCCAACAACAAUACUUCGUCGGCAACUUCUCGUGUACAACCACAGCCCAACAUUUCUACUACGAAACCUCUUCCGGUUCCGCAAAACAAUACAUCCUCUCAACAAGAACAAGCUUUAUCCUCCCAACGAAAUUCAUAUCAAUCUGCUCUUAUUUAUUUAACUGCCGAACAACAUGAUAUUUUGAGGAGAUUGCUCAUGUAUUCAACUCUGGCUUCGAUGAUGACCGAGAAAGAUGAAAAUACGAUCGCUGAGCUUGUAAAACAAUUCGGUAGCGAUUCCAAAUCAAUGAAAUUAUUAAUGGAUUGUUUACUAGAUACUCUGGUGGGAUCUCGUGGACGUUUCGAUCCUCAAACCAACUUCAUAUUCCAAUCUCCCAAAACUAUAACGGUCAUUUUCACAUUAUUGCCCUUCCUCUCAGAAGAUAUUCAAAUCGAAAUUCUGGAUAUAUUUAUUGUUCUUCUCGAAGAAUGCAGCAUUGAUAAUAGUAUGGCUGCUUCUGUUGGAUUAGUUCAAACAAUUAAUAAUCUUUUAGCCAAACACCAAAAAUUUAGUUUGAACGUAAUUCAGAAACUCAUUUACUUGAUUGGUAUUGUCGGAAGCUUUAGCGUUUCUGCAAGAGAGUUGAAAACUCUGAUUCGAUUGAUGAGAACAAAAACUCCCGAAAAUGAAAGAAAGCUUGAUGAUGAUGACGAUGAAGGUCUUUCACUAGACAAGGACUUGUCUCCACUGAUUUUGGAAGUCAUUAGAAAAAUGUCAAGAUAUGAUUCUCCGUCGUCGUUUUUCAGUUUCGAUGGAAUUGAUUGUGGUAUUGUUUCUGACAAUAUUUUAUUCCCUUCAAAUGGGUACACAUUCAGUUGUUGGCUCAGAAUUGAGAGAACAACAAAAUCUCAAUGUUAUAGAUUUUUCAGCUAUUUCGAUAAGAAAAUGAAUGGACUCGAGCUGUUAUUCAAAGGAAAUCACAUGUGUGUACAGGUCGUUUCUGGAGGAAAAAAGCAACAAAAUGUCACAUUUGAUUAUUUCUUCCAUACCAACAGAUGGUAUUUCAUUUCACUCACUCAGAAUAAGAGAUUUAUGCUGAGAAGUGACAUUAUUUUAUUUGUUGAUGGAGAGCAAAAACAAACAUUUGAGCUCAAAUAUCCAUCUUUGGGUGGACAAGUCAAUUUUGCACACUUUUGUACAAACAUUCCAGCAGACAACAAGCAAACCAAAGUACAAGCAUUCUGUGGACAAGUAGGACCGAUUGCUAUUUUCGACAAAGUUUUCAGUUUGAAUGAGGUGCAGAAACUACACAGUUGUGGCCCUGACUUUCAAUAUACUUUCAAAAAGGGUGACUCGCAACCUAGAUAUUUUGAUUGGCCAAAUGCAGAGUCGUUUUCCCAAAAAUUGGUCACUCUCUACAAUCCUCGAUCAAGUACAAAAGAUUUCAAAUGUCCUGACAACUCAGGAACAAAGAAAAAUUUCUCCACAGAUGCCAGACUCCUGCAGGGUACCUCUAUCUUUGUCACACAUCCUGUCAAGGAUACCUUGAAUUGCAUUGGUGGUGUGGAGGUAUUAUUCCCAUUGUUCAGUCUAUUGAAAAAAGAUUGGACAGUUGAUUACUCAAUGUGUGCUAGAACGAUUUCUCUCAUCACUGAAAUGCUUCGAAAUAACAAGAAAAAUCAAGAGGACAUGAUUCAAAAGAAUAGUUUGUGCACUCUUGGUCACAUUCUUGGCCAAAUACCCCCAGAACAUAUUAAUCAUGAUACUCUAAAAGCAUUGCAAGGAUUGAUCGAAUGCUCUAGCGAUCCUAAAGACCCAAUCAUUAGAGAAAUAUUUAAAGAAAUAUUUUUGAACUUUGAAUUAUGGAUCACUGUAGAUUUUGAUAUUCACAGCAAUAUGUUGCACUUCCUGCAUGAUGAAGUUUCUAAAAAUCCAGAAUAUUUCCACGAAACUGUUGGCGUUCAGUAUUUGCUCGAUGUGAUGCGAUAUUUCUUUUGGUACAAACCAGAUAAAGAACCUGAAAGAAUUUAUCAGCCAACAGUACGACCAAAAGAGGAAGAAGUUUAUGCUCUUAGAUUACAAUUGACUGAAAUAAUCAAAGCCAUGAUACGUUCUGGUAUUAGCAAGAGUGAAGCGGAAUCAAUCAUGUCUUACAUUGUUGACUCGACAGACGAAAAGCAGGUUGUUGAAAUUUUAAAGUGGAUCUUGGUACUCAUCGAUGAAGAAGUACCCAAUAUUAUUGAAGCUCUGUCAGAAGAAAAAAUCAUGUCUCCUCUUCUCAACAUGCUGACCAAUAGCAAGAAGAAAAUUAGAAUAUUUUCACUCAAGCUGAUAGGAAAGAUUUUGGAAAGAUCUAACUCUGAAAGAAGACAAAAGUUUAAGAAUUUGGGAUAUUAUUUACUCAUUGAACAAUUCUUAUUGAGCGAAAACUACUUUGACGAGGAAACUUACAUUGCUCUUCUUGAAAUUAUUCUUUGCAAGAUUAGCUUUAGUAUUAACAGCACAAUCUCAACAGAUCUUUCAAAAGGAGGAGCCAAAAUACUAUUGCCAGACCUGUUGACUGCCUUUUUCAACUUGGUUACCACGAAAUCUAUUGAGACCAAGGAAAAAGCCAUCCAAGAUAUGAGUGUAAUUCUCAAAUCUAAUCCUCAUAACAGAACAGUAUUUGGACAACAAUUUGGAUGGCAAAAUUGGAUUCUUUCAUUGGCCAUUCCUGAUGCUGACGAAUCUGUUGAAAAAGCUUUUAAUCUUUUCGAAUCGGCUGUAGACGUCGUCUCUGUUGUGCUUUCCGAAUUUCUCCAGGCGCCAAAUGGUUACAAGCAAGUCAAAGACACACUUUAUCAAAUUGACAUCAUUUGUGAUAGAAAGGAAAUUCAUAGAGCCUCAGCGUUUUUAAUUUUCUUUAAGAGAUUCCUUCCUUUUGUUGUGAAUCAGAUCAACAAUACCCAAUUCAACAAGGAACAAGAUUUUUGGAGAAAUCUUUUCCGAAUCACUCUACUUGUAGAGAACUUUAUUUUAACAUCGGAUGAUACAAAGUUCGAAUCUCCCCAAAUUGAAGGCACCAUUAUCAAGUUAGAGAACACUCACAACGAAAAGCUCUAUAUUGUCAAGUAUAUCAUGCAAGGUUUUGAUUACAUUAUCAAAAUGUCAAUCAAAGAUCCAAAAGCAAUGGACUUGCUGCAUUAUGACGGAUUUAAAAAGAACAACAAUCCUUUCAUUAUUCAAACCAUCAUGAACAUUGCUGCUGAUUUGACUACAACCAAGAGCAACAUUCCAACUCCAUCCUUGUUUUUCGUAUUGUUUAGAUUGCAACUAUUCCUUUGUGUGAAUUAG